UCACCGGUUAAAAAGCUUGCUCGUGGCUGAACACCUCUAAUUUCUCGAAACAAUAACAUAACAACAUGUAACACUAUAGUUCGUCAAAACAUUCACUACACCAAUGAUAAGUUAACUGCGGACAUAAAGAAAACCAAAUGCCUAUCACUGGCACAGGGAAGUAACUUUCAUUUCCCCCAACAUUAACAUUUAAGUCACCAACUUGCCAAAAGUCUCAGCAUCCCGAGUACAACAAGGAAGUUCUUCAUGAUUAAGUACCAACAGUCACGAAAACCACACAGUGUUAAACUCAGAUAUAACGGUUCGAAGCUCGACCAAAAUUUGCAUUUGUGUUUAGAAAAAUAUCAAAGAGGCGAUACGAGCAACAUGGAGAACUCCACACUAUGGCAAGUCAAUGAUACUAUGACGACACCCGUGUAUUAUUCACUCUACCCCUAUAAGGCUCGUGCAGGUUUGGUUAUCGUAUGGGUCGUAGCCUCUAUCCUCGGCCUCGUUGGAAACAGUCUCGUCAUGUGGUCCGUCAUCCUGUCCAAGAAACUCCGCACCGUGACCAACGCCUUCGUGGUCAACCUCAGCGUGGCUGAUUUCUGGACCAGUCUCUCCUACCCGUGGAUUUGCAUAGCUUUGGUGAGCCAUGAAAGCUGGCCCAUGGAGUCGGAGUUCCCGUGCAUUCUGGCUGCCAUUCAGCUCUACACCGGUCUGGGAACCAGCUUUUACACAUUGGCUUCAAUCGCUUUGAAUCGCACAGUCCUCAUCACUCAACCCAUGCAUACCUACCGCUGGUGGUAUUCCCCGCGUAAAGUAGCCGUCAUGAUCGCAAUGACUUGGGUUAUCCCGUGUAUUGUGUUUUUCCUCCCGCCGCUUAUGGGCAUAGGCUCCAUUGGUUACGAUCCACAAGACAAUACAUGUUCAGAUAAAGAUGGCCACGAACGAGGUCCCGAAUACAACCUGGCACAAUCUGUGGGUCUAUACCCAAUCCCAAUGCUCAUCAUCAUCUGUUGCUACACGUCACUCUAUAUCCAUCUCAAACAACACUUUAGGAAGCAACAAAGGAUGAGAUCUGUGAAAAGCAGCCAAUCCUUCUCUACAGCGGCAAGCAUGGACGGUGAAGUAUCCACCAGUUUCACAGUUACCGCAGGGGAGUCAGCCUCUUCUCAACGCGUCGCUAAGAAAACCAAGCGGGCAAUCAGUCGUCAGCAGCUCGCUAUCACCAAGAACUUGUUUCUGGUGUUCUGCAUCUUCACGCUGUUGAUUUCACCCUAUUUCAUAUCUCUUGCUAUACCUGGUAGCCGCGUGUUUGCUCUACCCGGAGUAACCAUCACCGCUUUCAAUAGCUGUGUCAACCCCAUCAUCUACGCAGUCAAUCACCCACAGUUCAAAGUGGUAAUGCGGCAGAUAGUAACGUGUCGUUACUCUGAGAUACAGGAGCCUUCAGAUUUACUGAAACUCUUGCUGUCAUUGCGAAAGAAGUAACCGAACAAACUUCGAUGAGAGAGUGGUAGAAUGCUGCUGCUGAAAUCAUGUAACAGUGGCACCAUGACAACCACCUUUUGUGGAAGUAGCGGCAUUGCAGCAUCGUAAGCAGCAGAAGUUUUGCAGCAUCUCAGCAGUGUUGCAGCUUCACAGCAACAGGACAAGUGGCAUCAGCUAGCUUCACAUCAUCAGUAGCACCAUUAUAUUAUUAUGAGCGGCAGCAGCAUCACCUAUACUAGCAUGAGCAACUAUUUCACAGCUUCACAAUGAAGCAUCAUCAAACAUUGACGCAGCAUGAUCAGCAGUCAGUUUUACACAAUCUGCACCAGUUUUGAGCAGCAGCUUUGCAGGACAUUAAAGACAGUGGACACUAUUUGGUAAUUGUCAAAGACUAGCCUUCACAGUUGGUGUAUUUCAACAUAU